UGGAUGCAUUUGAUGCAUUUCAGGGUUGUGAGUAAUAAUAGCAAUAAAACCAAGGUAGGCUGAGAAGCUUUGAUGGAAAUGCUGGCUGGGCAUUUCCAGCAGUUGGUGUCACUUGGAGACACCUGGCAUGGGAUGCAGGAGCCUUCACCAGCUCCAUGCUGAUGAUCCCUGAAGCUGGGAGGGGUUUGGAAGGAAAUCAUUCCUUCUGGCCCUUGCUCCCCUUUUAAAUUACUCAUCGAAGCACGUUGUAAAAUCCUUCAGCACCCAGCUCUAUAAAGCUGCCCUCACAGGGCUGAGGCUGCACCUCGGAUGGGCCAGGCCUGGCAAGGCCAGUUCCGGUGGGAACGGUGGAGGGAUUUAUGCCGCACCCUGCUCUGCACCCAGCUGGGGAUUUGCAAACCUCCCCCAAAUCUGCCAAAAUAAGCCUGAGGCGGGGCAGGGUGAGCGGCCACCCACCACGGGGUGAGAGAUACGGAGGAGGGAAGGGGCGCAACAGGGCUUAAGAGGCUGCCGUCAGGCCUGGGGUGGGAGGGGAGGCUGAUGGCUGGCCUGGCCACUCUGCUCGAGUCCCUUGGGCACCAGGCAGAAGCUCUCCACGCACUCCAGGCAGUGUGGGGAGGCAGGGAAGAUGGUGUAGCCCCCCACCCUCCCUGCAGCCCUCCACAGCCUUACCAGACCCAAAGUGACAGCACCGGCCAGCAUGGUUUGGUCUGGCCGAGCCCAGGAGGAAAAAUGGAGGUGGCUGGGCUUGGCUGGGCCUGCAAGCUGGAGGAGGAGAGAAAAGCCCCAGGGAAGAGUUCUGAGGACGAAGAGAAAAGUGGAGACCAAACUCCCCUCAACCUAGGGGAGCCCAGGCCACAGAGGCUAUCCCAGCUCAGGUUGGAGAGGCCUGAGACACUGCGAGAGAAGGCUCUGCGCAGGAAGCUGUCCCGAGUAGUCAGUGCAACCUCCCAGCUUGUAACAGUAGAGCAGACCUUCCUACUUCCUCUCGUACAGCAGCAUCCUUUUCCUCUCCACCCAAAAGAUAGCAUUGAGUUUAGAAACAUCUGUAGUCACAUGGCUUUACAAAGAGAGGGACAGCAAUUUGAGAAAGACUUGCAUGAAGCACACCAGUGUCUGAAGGUGAUCAUCGAGAAACAUAUUUGUUCACUGGCAAUUUUCCCCUCAGAAUCCUAUAUCCCAGUCCGAUCUGCCCUGAGACAAAUCCUGCAAAAUCUCCUGGCGAUGUGAAACAGCAGACCGGCCAAGGAACUAGUACUGCAAGUGAGCUGUAAUGGUCCUAUAAAAAUAGCAGAUAACUUGAAAGGUGAAUCCUGGAGAUGUUACUGUAGCAAGAGUUCCCACUGACUUUACAUUAGUGGAGACUUCCCAAUGGAGAUGAUAUUGCUGCAGAGUACUGAAUAACCUUCUCAUAUCAAACUCAUACCAAAGUCAUAUAAAUGGGAGCUGGGAACAUCUCCAGAAGUUUCUCUGGAGGAACAGGAAUAGGUUCUUAAAUAAUAAGGUUUCAAAAUGAAGACAGAAUGAUAGAGGAUGAUACGACAACCAUCAGAAAUCUCUACAUUUUCAUCGCAGCUCAGGAAAAUAUGUUUCCAAGUAAUUCCUUAUGGAGUGGACACUUGAUAGAGACAGAGAAAAUAUAGUGUAUAAGUAUGGACCGCUUCAAGAGAAAGUAUACAGCCUGAUUACACUGCAAGAAGACAGCCUGCUAAAUCUUUAUUACAUUUUACCAUAGUCAGCCAACAAAUCAAUGGAAAGGUGAAGGUGCAAUA